UUCCUGCAUAGUAUGGGUAGCCAUGCCGGGAAACCGCUUGCGGGACGGGACAAAUGAUGAUGAUGGAUGAACAGCAGUUCCCUCGGGUCGAUGGCCCCUAAUCGUCUUAUAGACUCUUGCUUCUCCUCUUUCCUGGGUGAUUGUCUGCUGUGGUUGAGUACAAGGGGGAUUGCAUACCGAAUGUGAAAGUCCAGAGAAGCUGGGUUCAAUAUGCCGGUUGAUAGAGGGCCUGAGUUGGCCAGUGUCUUGGGUCUGUUCCUUGGUCUUGCUACACUUUUCGUAUGUCUGAGACUAUACGUUAAGACAUUCUUAAGCAAGAGUUGGGGAAUUGAUGAUGCAUUGCUCAUUGUGGCAUUGAUAUUCUUCGCCACUUACUGCUCAUGCUCCGCAACUGGAGUCCAUUACGGAACCGGCCAACAUAUCACCGACAUCCCACUCGAACAUAUCCCUAAAGCUCUGUAUUACUGGUGGCUCUGUGAGCUCUUCUAUACAGUAACAACCGUCUUCAUCCGCCUCUCAAUCGCCGUCUUCCUGCUCCGAAUAUGCGUGAAGCCAAUCCACAAAUACAUCGUUUACGGGACCUUAAGCAUGGUGAUCGUCUUCUCGACCUUCUACUUCUUCCUAGUCCUCUUCCAAUGUUCACCAUACAGCUACUUCUGGGGUCAAUACGAGGGCAAGAAAGGAUCGUGCAUCAAUCCCGCAGCCGUUCCUGAUGCUAGCAUCACACAUUCAGUCGUAUCAUUCACGGCAGAUUGGAUCCUUGGCCUGUUACCAAUAGUACUCAUCUAUGACCUCAAAAUGAAUGUUCGAACCAAGGUCUCAGUGGCAGGGCUACUUGGACUUGGAUUACUCGCCGGCAUAGCAGCCAUGAUCCGCAUCCCAUUCAUCAAAACCCUAGCCCUAACAGACGACUUCCUCUUCGCCACCACCGACGUCGCAAUCUGGUCAACCGUCGAACCGGGCCUCGGCCUCAUGGCCGUCGGCGGCGCCACCCUCCGCCCCCUCUUCCGCUCCUUCUACAACCUCUCCACCCGCGGCGGCAACACGCUCCCUCGCUCCGGCUACAUGAAGAACCCCGACACGCCGAUCCAGCUGCGGAACGACGUCGGCGGCAAAGGCACCGUGACCAGUAUCCGGAGCCCGUUCGGGGAUUCGAGUGAGGCUGUUGGCGGCAGCGGCGGCGGUGGUGGUCCCAUGGGCAUUAAUGUGCAGAAGUCGGUGGUGGUUAGUCGGGCGGAGAGUGAGGCUAGUUCGUUGAGUGGGGAUGCGAUGCCGUGGGGGGAGCUGAAGGGGAGGGGGGAUAUGGUUUAGAUUUAGGUUGGGUUUUGCUUUGUUUGGUGCUAGGGGUUCGGGGUGUAUGGGAAUGGGAACGGGAACGGGAAUCGGAAAGGGGUGUAAAGUAAGGAAGCGGC